AUGCCGGAGCAGACGUCACCGGCUCCAAAACGUGUUCAUCUGCUGGUGCUGUCUGCCCAGAGCCCCCCCCGCCUCGCCUCCGCUCGCCCCCCCGCGCUCCCGCUUGGGAAACACAGACUGACAAGAACUCAAAGUGCCUUUUCCCCGGUUGUGUUCAGCCCCCUCUUCACAGGUGAAACAGUGUCACUGGUGGACGUGGACAUCUCUCAGCGAGGACUGACCUCCCCUCACCCUCCGACUCCACCACCUCCACCACGAAGAAGCCUCAGCCUGCUAGAUGAUAUCAGUGGGACGCUGCCUACAUCUGUCCUAGUGGGUCCAAUGGGCUCCUCCCUGCAGUCUUUCCCUCUGCCUCCGCCUCCUCCGCCCCAUGCCCCAGACGCCUUCCCACGGAUUGUCCCGCUGAGGCCGAUGGAGGCGAUGCCUGGCCAGCCCGCCCCGCACCUGCAGUGUCCGCUCUACCGCCCAGACUCCAGCAGCUUUGCAGCCAGCUUGCGAGAGCUGGAGAAGUGUGGAUGGUACUGGGGACCAAUGAACUGGGAGGAUGCAGAGAUGAAGCUGAAGGGGAAGCCAGAUGGGUCCUUUCUGGUCCGAGACAGUUCUGACCCCCGUUACAUCCUGAGCCUCAGCUUUCGGUCGCAGGGCAUCACCCAUCACACCAGGAUGGAGCACUAUAGAGGGACCUUCAGCCUGUGGUGCCAUCCCAAGUUUGAAGACCGCUGCCAGUCUGUGGUGGAGUUCAUAAAGAGAGCAAUCAUGCACUCCAAAAACGGGAAGUUCCUCUACUUUCUCCGAUCCAGGGUUCCAGGUCUUCCUCCAACGCCUGUCCAGCUCCUGUAUCCAGUCUCCAGGUUCAGCAAUGUCAAAUCCCUUCAGCACCUUUGCCGCUUUCGGAUCAGGCAGUUGGUCCGAAUAGAUCACAUCCCCGACCUCCCACUGCCCAAGCCCCUGAUCUCCUACAUCCGCAAGUUCUACUACUACGACCCGCAAGAGGAGGUGUAUCUGUCGCUGAAGGAAGCUCAGCUCAUCUCCAAACAGAAGCAGGAGACCGAAUCCUCCACGUAGCGAGGCUGCCUCACCCAUCUUGUUGCUGUCACUGAUGGAAUUUGAUUGUUGCCAUCCUGUAGCCCAAGUCAGGCUGUGGUGGGAAGGAGGCACGUGACGGUGAAGCCUGCUUCUGCGGUGCCACUUCUGCUCUCAAGCUCUUUUGUACAGAGAAGAGGGUUCAAGACUCCUAAGAAGCACAGCAGAACGGGAACAAGAGCCUCAGCUCCUGCCUUGAGGGAGAGGGGUCUCGGAGACAGCUGAGCCCAGCUCAUGGACUCCUUGAAGAACAAAGAAUGUCAUGGCACUAUUUACAAAUUUUUGAAAGUUUUAUUUUUGAUGUCGUCCUUUUUUUUUUUUUUUUUUCAGCAUGAGAAAUACAGUCUUAUGAUCAGCUGAAUUUUUUUAUCCUCCCUUGGAAACUUCAAGGUGGGGAGAGAGAAGGGGACUUUCUAAGAAGAUCAUCUGCUCCAGGCAUUAUGGCAAGACUGUUCUUUGGUCCUCACUGAGAGGGGAUGCAGCCGCAGAGCUGCUUGGAGGCAGACUGAGCCAGAAUGAUGUGCAGCUGUGUGGAAUAACCUCUGGGAAGCAUGGAGCUCUGAACAGCGGGCAGCUGCACAGCUCCCCUGCUUUCUAGGAUUUGGGAGAAGAGGGCCAAACAUAGUCUUGGGCAGCUGAGCUUUGCAACUGGAUUUGCAGGGUGGUCCUAUAUGCUUUUAAGUUGGGCCCAAGGAAGGAAGAGCAUGUGAGCCAUUUGGAUGUCAUGGAGCCUUCUGCCAAAGGGAAUGGUUGCUGCUGCACUGGGGAAACAAGGACUGCUCCUCCGAGGUGGCAUUGUUCCCUUAGCAAACACUGGAAGAUUUUGCUGAACCCCUGUGAUAAGUGGAAGGGACGUGGCAAAGCUGUUGCUGUAACUGUUGCAGCAGUCCAUGGACCAAAGGUAGUUGCUACAGGGAUCUCAGUCUUGCAGAGUUGUGGGAUGUGCACUUUUAGCCUUUCUCUGGUUGUCUCCAGAAGCUGUGAAUGAAGUGGCUUUCUGUUGAUCUGUGAAGGAUCUUGAUUAGGAGUUGCUGGGGCAUUAAGAGGCAUCUCUGGGGAGACUCAGAGCAAGGAGCAGAUAACUGAGGGUUCUCCUGGAAUGGCAUCUGAUCUCUGCGAGCUUGCUUGCUUGCUGCUUCAUCCUCUCCCUGGGAUGUCCACGGAACUACAGCAGUUCAGAAACAGUAAAGCCAAGAGAGAUGGUCGCUCUUGCUGUGUUUCUGGACUUGGCACUGGCUGAAAUACCCCACCCCCCACCUUUUCAAAUGCUGGUCUGCUGUUUCAUCCACUGCAGCAACUGCAAAGAGUUUGCAUUUCAUGGUGAAGUUUAAAGUUUGCCUGAAGUGAUGCUGAGAAGUCUGGAGAAGCAUCUUUCCUCCUGUAUGUAAAUGAGCAAGUGUUCCUGUGCUCUCAACCCGAGUGAAGGAAAUGCUCCAUCCUGCAACAGUGUGGUCUGAAAACGUAAUGUUGUCUGUGGCCCGGGUCUGCAGAUCUGAGGUCGGUGCCCCGUGAGCUGCCUGCAGUCACUCAGGAGCUGCUAAGACUUUGGUCUUGCCCUGCAGAAUGAUCUAUGUCCUUGAAUUAGAUACGGUCGUGCAGAUCUUAAAGCAGCCUGGAAAAAUUCUGAUUGUCUGCCUCUGCCAAGUGUUGCUAUGAAGGGUGCUAAGAAAUCAUGCCCUCCCUUUCUUCACCAUCACCUCUGGCCUCAGUUUUGGUCUUGGAGAAAAAGUAUGUUUUUUAAAAAGGAUUUGGCUUCCAGAUGAAACUAAUAACUAAGCUUCAAAAUCUGUAGAAAUACCUCAUCAGACACUACUCACUACUGACUUUGUGUUGCAUGGUCGGGGCAGUGGUUAUCAGGAAGGAGGAGCUGCCCCGAGACGUGCUGAACAGCAUAUCCUGACCCUUGGUGAAAUUGGAGCUACUGUAGUCUACAGCUACUGUGUCCCCUCUGUGCGGGGACCCACGUUCAUCCCUCCACAGCCGCCGCUGCGUUCCCUCCCCUUGGCUGUAGACCUACAGCUCACACCAAGUUAUCAGCAGAGCCUGCAAAUAAAUGCAACUGCUUCGACUAAAACGCACAGCAUGCUGGGCGAAUGUUGGGGGGAGGAAAAAGCAUCUGUACUUGUGCAGGUGAAACUCCAAUAUCCACGCACCUGGCCCUGCUGCAUCUCGGUUGUCCACGUGCUGAAGAUUUGAAUCUUCCAACUUAUCCGUAUGCUGGAAAGGAAAACCUUCCCAAGAGCCAAGCCUGGUCUGAUGCCUGAAGUGUCCAACUCCAUGCCAGCGAAGAACAGUGUGCCUGGUGCAUGUGUCUCCUGUCAAGCUUCUCUCCAAAAAGAGACCCCGGAGGCAAGGAUGCAUGUGAAUAGGUGAUGGCCUGCAGGACGUGUGAAAUGGGGGAGCUGUGAGUCUUCCCUUGCUGAAGCCAGGGAGAAGCCGGUCCUCUCCCUAGUGUGAUGGUAGUGACAGCAUUUUCACUUCUUCCUUCCCUGUUCUGGGAGGGAGAGGCGCAGGCAGGGUUUGGGAAGGGAAAGCAGCCGAUCUGGAGAGCACACCAGGGAAAACUGGUGCUGGCUGGGCACUGGGAAUUGGUGCAGAGCCCAUCCUGCCGACACUGGGCUUGCCUGGGGUGAAAACGCACAACCCUGCUCCACAUCAGGUCGGGAGAGCCGUCCUGCACUGCUCAGCUCCCUGCGUCCCCCUCCGGGGAUCUCUCUGCGUACCCCCAGAGCUCCCCACAAGGGUGGAUGGGGUGGCUCUGUGGCUUUCGGAGCUGUUAGAGAAGCAGCCAGACUUUAGGGGCAAUACUUGAAUUUACAUGUAUUUGGUUGGCUGUCACUGUCCUUGGGAGGACUUCUCCCAACAGCCUGCCAGUGCUUCUGGUGUUAUUUGAACCCUGUGCACAGCAGGGGCAGCCCUCCCCAAAUUGAAGCCAGCAGCAAGGCUUGGGGUCUGUCUGCAGCAGCUGAAAUGAUGGAGAUGUGCUCUGGGGUGUUAGAUAGGGGAUGGUGGGACACCAGCCUGUCAUGCUGACGUGCUUGGUGUCAGCUGUAGCUGCACAAGACACCCCCCCCCAUCAAUCUGCACCCGCAGGAGCGGUGGGGUCAGCUCUGCCAUGAAGGUGGCAGAUGCUCUUCACCCUUCCCAGGGCCCUGCUCCACCUCUCCUUGCUCCAAGACAGGCAGGGGAGCUGGAGCGUGGUCAGGGCCAGCCUGCUGCCUGUGGCUAAUAGUGCUGGAUAAGAUCCCAAGGUUAACUGUAGUUAACAGCCUUCUCUUGAAAUCCAUUUAAAAUAAAGCUGUUCCUAGAGUUCCUUCACAUCUAGGUGUAAGGAGAGGGAGGGACUUGAUCUGCUGUUUGGAAGUGGGAAAAGGUCCAGAGAUUUUUGUUUCAAGGCUGGAUGUGAGUGGAGCAAGCAGAGUGGUCUCUGCUGAGGGGGUGAUGGUCUUUGUGGACACAGGUGAGAUCUCAAAGAGGUGGCUCAGUCCUGUCUUGCCAGUGAAUCCCCAUCCCUGUUUGGGGAGGAACACCUAAUGUUUGUAUCCUGCCUGGAAUGGUUUUGUAGGCUGGUUCUGGAGGGUGCUCUCAUCCUGCUGAUUUGGAAAAAAUUUUUAUAGCCUCCUUUGUCCAACCUUGAGUUCUGCAGAGGUUGUUGCCGUCCUCCUCCCUCUGUCAGGGACCACAGGCAGAUGAACAAUGAAAUGGAUCAUAAAAACUACCAAAGCGCAGAAGGUAUCCAUGGAAAAGCUCUUUUUUUUUUCAGCUGGAGAUGGUGCUUUUUUCAGCUGGAUGAGUGCAGCCUUUAGGAGGGGUGUGUUUUACCUGCUUAUCAGGUUGGCAAGAUCCCAGGUUUGCUCGAGCCGGCUGCUCUGUGCAGGGCCCCCGCUCCUCUCCCUGCAGCCUGUUUCAAGGUAGGGAAUGACCUGGCUCGCUCCUGCAGCGUGAAAUUCAGAUAAGCCAGGACAGUGUUCUCACAUGGAAGUUUUCAGUUCAGCAUUGACGUCCUUGGGGCCAAAAGAAGGGGAAAAAAUUCAUCCUUAGCUUAGUUUGGGUGGGACCUACUGCGGGCAGGGUGGGAACCACCUGAGCUGCUCAUGCGAGAGGGAAUUGGUGGUUUUGAAAGCACCAGGCAUGUGACGCUUACGUUAUCUGGCCAAUUUUUAAACCCUAAACGUGUUUUUAAUAGGGACCUGUGUUAUCGUGCAUGUGCCUGAAGGAGCGUGUGGGUGCAGGGAGAUGUGCAGGGCUGUGCCCCAGCUGGGCAGGCUCUGCUGUGGGUGAUGGCUGGUGCUGAAGUCUUGUCUGGGAGCUUUUUGGGGAGGAAACUGCUGGAAAGCAGGGUUUGCAAAAAGAAAGGAUCUUCCUGCUUCUAGUAGGAAGGGAACUGGCUGUUGUCCUUUGUUCUUCACAGUUAAGAUAUGCUCUUGGGAUGAUUUUACCCUUAAAAUUGACCAUCAGGUCUGAGCCUGCCUGUUGGAGGGCUCGUCGGGGACCCAGACGCCCGCCUAAGCCCCUUCGGCUUUCAGGGAUGGAGGGAUUUAUCGGCGUGCUCCAAGCAGCCCCCAUAGCGCUCCCCUCCCCGGCCCCUCGCUCCUCAUCCACAGUCUUCCAGGUGAGACAGGGCAGGCGGGACCCCCAGUCCCAGACAUCCCGCUGGGAUUAAGGGGGUCCCAGUGGUGCUGCCUCUGACCGUGCCUCCAGCUGAAAAGCACAACCAGUGCCCAGAAACGCAGCGGCCUCCCGGGGUGAGCUCCCAGUGCCCCUCGGGGUGCUCCCCACCCCAGCCAGGGCUUUACUCUGAAAAUCGCUGGUGGGCAGCGAGUAACACUGGAUCUGGACUUGCCUUUAGAGAAGGAAUGAGCAGAUACUGGCAGCUCCGAGUGCAGGACCUCAUGCUGCUCAU